AAGGACCUCAGCCACCCUGUGGUCUUCUCCAGCAAAGUCAACCGCCUGGUCCAUGGGAAGCCCGAAGGAGUUGCUGCGGGGAGCCCUGGUCGGAUUCUCGGCAUGGCUUCUGUGCGGGAUCGCAACGGGAGCAGCCCUCCCAGUGUCCACCCAACAUCCGGCCAUUGAAGACGACUACUCCACGCCAAAUGUUCCUUCCACGCUAAUAUUCGCCGAUUAUUUUGGGCCCACUCUACCUACAACCACCGAGGAGGAUCUGGACUUUCCAGCUGAAACCCCCUCCCCUUCCGAGACGAAUGGGGAGACCCCCGAAGCUGUUGGAGAAGGGGAGACAUCAAGUCCUGGAGAACCUCCCAAUUCUGGGUUGGCGUCCAGCGAAGACGAUUCUGGUUCUCUCGCCAGCACGCCCAAAACCUUCAAAAUCCCAGAAGAUCUCAAGGAAACCUUGGAAGUCCCUUCGGUGGAGAAGAGCGUCUUGGCUCAAGUCAACUCUUCAGAGCCAACUUUGGGGAAAGAGACCCUUCAAGGAGACCCUCUUGCUGAGUCCCAGGAAGCUUCAAAGGAAACACCUCCUCCAGAUUUGGAUGCUGGCCACGAAGCCACCGAGCUAAUCACGGAGAGAUACUCUGGCAUAACAGAUGCUCCCGUGACUGUUUUGGCAACCUUGAAGGAAGACUUCCUAGCAUCUUCCUCUAGAGAAGAAGCCCAGACUGAACUUUCCAGCGAAAGUCCUCCAGAAGGAGACAAACCGUUGGAGAACAUCCCUGAAGAACCAAAUCUGGAGGAGGAAUUGAAGCCCACCUCAACUUCAUGGGAAGAAACAGAAGCUGCCCCUUUAGAGGCAGAGAAAGACACCCCAGAAUCAUCCACGGAUGAGGGUAGGACAAUAGAAGAUCCAUCCUCAAAUUCCACAGUUUUUCCUAGCACCCCAGAAGACCUGCCUGACCAAGGAACAGAAGAGAACGUAGAUGCUGGAGAUCAACCUUCAUUGUCUUCAGAGAGUAGUCCCGAGACCUCACAGUCUUCAACAGGGUUCCCUCCCAUUUGGCCAGCGUCCGCCGAUGAAAAUUUUGGAUCUGCAGAGACAAGUGACUUUGAUGUAGUCUCCCUUCAACCAUCUCCGGCUAGUGUGGAUUCUGGUUCUCCUGAAGGAAGAGGUGAUACAGAUCCAAUUCCAUCUUCAUCAGGCCCAGAGCUCAAUCAUGAAAGCCCUGUCAACUUGACCAGUGAAGAACCAGAAGACUUUGUAGAUGCUGAAGCACCAAAUUCCUCUCCUUCAGAUAGAACAACUGAUGGUCCAUCUGACUCAGGGCCUCCCAGUGACACCCUCGUUAGGACUUCACAAUUGGAUGCAUCAGAUAUUCCUUUGAUGGGACUUUCUGUAACGCCAGAGAGACCUUCUCAGUUGCCUGAAGAUGGUGAGGUGGAGACAACCUCCACAGUGGAAGAAGAAGGAGAAGACGACUCAGGAAACCCAAAGAGCAAUGAAGGGACAUCUUUGGUGUCAUCACUUCCAGGACAAGAGUCUGCCCAGGGAACUGAUGAAGAAAGAUCUGCAGAUCUCCUCAGUGACACAGCUUCCUCCUUGAACCCUGGGGUGGAAACAGCUAAUUCAGAGUUAGAAGAUAGUGAGGCUACUACCACAUCCAACAGUGUUCCUGAGGAUGAAAUAAAUCCCAUCUCUUCAGAUUCGGCUACUGUGUCUGAAAAUGAAUCAGGGUCUUUGUUUGAUACGACAGCGGGUUCUCCUCCACCUGUGGACAACGAAGGAGCUGACAAGGCUCAAGAACCACCUGCAGGAACUCAAGGAUCACCCACAGAAGCUUCCGCUCCUGCCUCUAGUGAUGGACCAUCUUCAGAGACAGAAGGAAAUGAGGUCUCGCCUAGUGGAUCACCUGGAAAUAUCGGUUCCUCUUUGGAUGAGGUAGACACAGAAGCCAACAGUGAAGAUGGCAGUGGGUCAGAUCUCUCACCUCCUGGAUCUACCAAUGAACCAUCUUCAGAGAGAGAAGGAAGUGAGGCCUUGUCCAGUGGAUCAUCUGGAAAUAUGGGUUCUUCUUCUGAAAAUAGUGACACCAUCCCAAGUGUUUCCUCAGAUGAGGUAGACACACAAGCCAACAGUGAAGAUGGCAGUGUAUCAGAUCUCCCACCUCCUGAUACAGAGCUCUCUUCAAUUUCUGGAACCCCACAGCCUCUGGGAAGAUCAGGGACCUUGAAUGAUCAACCGUCUCAAAGUCAGUCACUUGUAGAGAAUGCACUAACAUCUGGUUCCAGUUUCUCCUCAGAAGGAGAACCUACCUUUCCUUCAACAUCUCCUGAUGAAGCACUUUCUGGAUCUCUAAUUUCAGAAGCCAGACACAACAGAACUUUCGUCCAAUUCAUUACCUGGUUCCCAACCUUCUUCUCAACUACCAAAAGAGAAUGACAUGGAAA